CAUAAAUGCUAGAUUUCAUACAUUACCUUCCUCUAGUCAAUGCACUAUUGUUGACAAAAUAUUUUCUGAAUGAGUUAAAUGCUCAAAUCACCUUGCAGAGAUGCGACCUUCACCCUGUCAAGCACUUUUUGUCGUCCCGCGCUGGAGCUGAUUCGGCAGGUUGGCGAAAAACACGACUUACUCCUCUCUAACAAGCAUAGAAAGGAGUGCGUGCGCGCGCGCGCGUGUGUGUGUUGGGGGGGCGAGAUGGUGCGGAGCGAAGGAGGAGGAGGAGGGAAAGAGAUAAGUGAUCUGAAGGAGAGACGAUAGGACAAAAAAAGUGAUGAUGAUGAAUACAUUGGAAAGUUUUUUUGGCCCCGACGUCGGUGUCAGAUUGAAUGGCCUGUGCGCAUGUGCGAAGGUGUCCGAACUGACAAUGCUCGUGAGAUGAAGAUAGUGCUGCUGCCGCUUCUGAGCUCAAGGAGGACGAGAGGAAUCCACAAGCCGACGAGAUGAGAUCCAAGGCGAGGGCGAGAAAACUGGCCAAAAAUGACAGUGAGGCAGUAGACAGCAUGUACGGCACAGAGCUGAACCCUGCAGCGGGUGAGAGUGCGGAGGAGGAGACGGAGGACAGCGUCAUGUCCCCAAUCGCCAUGGGCCCUGCCUCGCCCCAGCCCAACAACGAAGACUUCACUCCUAAAGAAGGGUCGCCCUACGAGGUGCCUGUCUACAUUCCUGAUGACAUUCCCAUUCCUGCCAACCUGGAGCUGCGCGAGUCCUCCGUGCCAGGUGCUGGCCUCGGCAUCUGGGCCAAAACCAGAAUCGGGAUGGGCGAACGCUUCGGACCGUUCCACGGGCUGCACAGUUCCACCAUCAAAGAGACCACUUAUGGAUGGGAGCAAAUGCUGAACGAUCAUGAAGUGUCCUCGCAGGAUAGCUGCAUCAAAAAGGUAGUGGACGACAUGGGCAAUGUAAAGUUCUGCCUGGAUGAAACGCUGGAGGCUAGCGGGAGCUGGCUAAAAUACGUACGGGCAGCGCCGUCCUAUGAGGAGCACAACCUGGCUGUUUGUCAGAUUAGUGAAGAUCAGAUUUAUUAUAAAGCCAUCAGGGAUAUUGAGGCUGGGGAGGAGUUGCUGAUUUCUAUGAAGGACGGAGUUUUCCCCGAGGGCUCGAUGGCACCUAACCUGGAAGAUGAGCAAAUGUACCGCUGUGAAGAUUGUGAUGAGCUCUUCUCGUCAAAGCUGGAGUUGCGACGGCACCAGAAAUACUCUUGCAACCCCGGAAGCUCAAUUUUUGAUUCGUUAAGUGAAGACCUCAAACAGGAGCGAGAUGACAACGAUGAACCAGUGCAUGAGUGUAAAGACUGUGAAAAGAUCUUUCCUAGCGAGUAUAGUCUUGGUCAGCAUAUGGUUGUACACACUGAGGAGAGGGAGUACAAGUGUGACCAGUGCCCUAAAGCUUUCAACUGGAAGUCCAACCUCAUUCGUCAUCAGAUGUCUCAUGACAGUGGAAAACGCUUUGAGUGUGAAAACUGUGAUAAGGUAUUCACAGACCCCAGCAACCUGCAACGCCACAUUCGCUCACAGCAUGUUGGUGCCCGUGCCCACACCUGCCCUGAGUGUGGCAAGACCUUCGCCACAUCCUCAGGUCUCAAGCAGCACAAACACAUCCACAGCAGCGUGAAGCCAUUCAUGUGCAUGUGUGUUCUACCAGGUGAGGUGUGUCACAAGUCCUAUACCCAGUUUUCCAACCUGUGCCGCCACAAGCGAAUGCAUGCAGACUGCCGCACCCAGAUCAAGUGCAAGGACUGUGGGCAAAUGUUCAGCACUACCUCCUCCCUCAAUAAGCAUCGGCGCUUCUGUGAGGGGAAGAACCAUUAUAGUCCUGGAGGCAUAUUCACGCCGGGCAUCCCUAUGACCUCCAGUCCUAUCAUGGGCAAGUCCAAGUCACAUCCUGGCCUGAAUCACGGUGGACUUGGCUUUGGUGAUUACUUCCCCUCUCGGCCACAUCAUCCAGGCCUGCCCUUCUCUACUGCCCCUCCUGCAUUCCCAUCUCUUUCUCAUGGCUUUACAGGGAUCUUUCCCCCAUCAUUAUAUCCUAGACCCACAUUGUUACCCCCUAGCCCAUUACUAAAGAGUCCACUAAGUAAUAGUCAAGAUGGGAAGCUUCCUCAUAGUCCCCUUGAUGCCCCUACUCUCCCAAUUGUCACAUCUAUUAGCAACACCAAUGGUAAUGCAGUUAGUGGCCUUAGCCAGUCAGAGGUGAGUCGUGACUCUAAGCAGGAUCUGUCUAUGUCAGACAGCAAGAAUAAGGUGAAAAUGAGUGACGUGUCUGACGGAAGUGACUUGGAGGAUAUUAACACCACCAGCGGCACUGAUCUCGACACCACCACUGGCACAGUUUCUGGCUCUGACCUGGACAGUGAAGCAGAGAGUGAGCGAGAAAAGAGUCGAAGGAAACAUAGACAAGAAAGCAAACAAGAGGAGGUCAACCACAAUGUAGUGUCUGUGUCCAGCUCAGGUAAUCUUCCUCAUGAUCGCCCUUUCCUCUCUUCCCAGCAUUCCUUCUUUCCUCCACCCGAGGAGCAGGCACUCCAACCUACUGGUGCCACAACUGACUCCAUUAAAGCCAUCGCUUCCAUUGCUGAAAAGUAUUUUGGGCCAGGCUUUAUGGGCUUGCAGGAGAAGAAAAUGGGCUCUUUGUCUUACCCUUCCAUGUUCCCUUUUCAGUUCUUACCAAACUUCCCACAUUCCUUGUACCCUUUCACAGACAGAGCACUCAACCCCAACAUGUUCCUAAAACCAGAACCCAAAUCACCUCGUGAGCACAUACAGAAAAUGGCUACCACCACUGCCACAGAGUCACCCUUUGACCUCACUACCAAGCCCAAGGAAGUGAAGCCUUUCCUUCCACCCACCAUCAAGCCCUCUAGUGCACUUCUUCCCAGUGGAGAGGACCAGCCUCUGGAUCUAAGCAUAGGAGGUCGGAGCAGAGCCAGUCAGAAUGGUGGAACCCCUGAGCAGCGGAAGAACCACAUCCAUAGCACCAACUGCAAGACGCCAGCUAAAGAUGAGCAUCCAGUGCUGAACCAGUCUCAGAACCUCCAUCAGCCCCAGAUGCCUCAGCAGCAAGUGUCCCUUCCACAGCCUCCUCCUCAGCAGCAGCCAUCGCUUCACUACGCCAAGCCUUCACCCUUCUUCAUGGAUCCCAUCUACAGCAGGGUGGAGAAAAGGAAACUGAUAGAUCCUGUAGGAGCACUGAAGGAGAAGUACCUGAGACCAUCUCCCCUGCUCUUUCACCCUCAGGUGUCUGCGAUGGAGAACAUGACCGAGAAGCUGGAGAACUUUGGCGCUUUGAAACUGGAUGCUCCAAAUUCACUACAGCACUCGUCACAUCACCUCUUCAACUUCCGCUCGCCUCCUCCUUCUCUGUCUGACGCCAUCCUCCGCAAAGGCAAAGAACGCUAUGCCUGCAGGUACUGUGGGAAAAUCUUUCCCAGGUCGGCUAAUCUUACCAGGCACUUACGAACUCACACAGGAGAACAACCCUACAGAUGUAAAUACUGUGACCGUUCCUUCAGCAUCUCGUCCAAUCUCCAGCGACACGUUCGCAACAUCCACAACAAAGAAAAACCCUUCAAGUGCCACCUGUGUAACCGCUGCUUUGGUCAGCAGACCAACCUGGACCGCCACUUAAAGAAACACGAGCAUGAGAAUAUCCCAGUGAGCCAGCACUCUGGGAUUCUCUCAAAUUUGGGAACAAACAUCUCCUCUCCGAACUCCGAACCGGACAAUCAUGCACUUUUAGAUGAAAAAGAGGACUCGUAUUUCUCAGAGAUUAGAAAUUUCAUCUCUAACAGCGAGUUGAACCAGGCUUGCAGCUCCUCUGAGAAAAGGUCAGAAAUGACGGAGGACGAGCGUCCUGAGAGCCACGCCGUCACAGAUUCCAAGCUCGACGAAGAGGAAGAAGAGGCGGAGGGAGAUGAUGAAGACGAAGAAGGUUCGUUAACAGAAAAAUCCCAGGAUGAGAUGACUUCUCCCGCCACAAUGGUGCAAGGCACUUACGACGACGACGAUGAAGCUGCUCCGCUCUCCAUGACCUACGAACACCCCCGCAGGUGUAUUGAGGAAGACGCAGGCCUGUUAGAUCUGGAGCCUCUGCCUGGCUUUCCAAAGGGCCUGGAGCUCCAUAAGCCUGCUGAUGAGCCAUUUGAUGUUAAAGACAUUUUUAACACCUCGUUAGAGUCUGAAGCGCUGAAAGAAACACUCUUGAGGCAGGCUAAAACCCAGGCUUAUGCAAUGAUGCUCUCUUUGUCGGAGAACAACCCCCUGCAUCCAUCCUCCCAGAACUCACUAGAUGCCUGGCUGAACAUGGGAGGAGGCCCUUCAGAAACCAGCUCCUUUCACCCACUCAACCACAUCUAAGCCCAGAGAGCAAGUGGUCAGGGAGUGGUUGGAGAGAGGGGGGAGGGGGCAGUUGGAAUGGGUAAAGACCACGAUGCGUGUGUUACAAUAGCACAUGAAGGAAUACCAGUGAUGCUUACAGUAGAUGAAUCACCACUCAACUGGGAAAAAGGGAGGGGGGGCAGGGGGCGAGCUUAGCUGAAAGACUGUUAGCCGAAACAGAGAAGUGAACCAGUAGAGCUCUAGAUAUCUCCACAGCAGAGAAACAAAAGACUGACUACACCACCCCACUCUGUACAACUCCAGAUCUGUCUUAAGCUCAAUCUGCAGUUUUCUCCUCAGAAACUCUACCUUGUAUCCCUGUGACAUCACAAAUAUGUUUCAUUCAUACGUUCUCCUGACAGCCAUGCUUAUUAAAAUGAACACAGAGGAAAGGAAAAAAGGAACUAUAAAGGUAUUUUGUUUUGUUUGCUGAUACGGUCUGAUCUGAUUAAGUUCCCAAAACAUAUCUUAUGCAGUGGCACAAUCAGACCACAGGAGGUCACACCGAGACAGCAUCUGAACAGUUUUGUUUGUCUUCUAGAUGUCUUAAACUACACUGCAGAGCCAAUUUACAAAAUGGAUCAGAUUUAACACAAUAUACAGAUGAGCCAUAGAAAUAAACACAAUAACAUCUACUGCUAAUCAUAUCCAUCCUCUUUGAUUGUGUUGGUCAUCAUCAGAGUAGUAGAACAGAAGCAGAGAUCAAAGCAUGGCUGCACAACUCAGUACAUCACCCUAACCAUGUUACUGUCAGGAUUGCCAUUUUGUCCCCACUGAAACGUUAAGUUAUUCUCCUCCUGACGUUCUCAUACAUUCGAAACACUCUUGUUUUUGUAUGUGAUUUUUUUUUUCUUUUAUCAACAGUAUUGUUUUCUUUUGAGCACAUCUCUGUGCUUAAAUUGUUAAUAUAAUUAUUUAGUGAAGGACCAAAUUUGUAUAAUAAUGUUGUAAGAUGUACAAAAUCAUUUUGGAAAAAAAAAAAUCAUAGCAAAGAGUGUUGUGUGCCAAAUAACCCUUUCUUUCUUGGACAAUCAUUUAUUUUCCCUGUGUUUUUUUUCUGUUUUAGUCUUUUUUUCCUUUUCUGUCUAUCUCUUUGCCUGGUCAUGGUAUGUAUUUGAUUUGAGGUGCAUUUGAUUUCUAUUUAUUUUAGUUGUUUCAUCAUUAUAGGAAAACAAAAAUCUUCUAAAAAAAAAAAAAAAAGAAAAGAAAAACUGACCCAGUUUCACCCAGUUGUUGAAGGAAGUAAAUCUAUGGACUGAGACUUUUAAUCUCAUGAUGCUCUGAAGGAUAUUGUAUAGAGACCGGUAUGCCAAAAUGUAAAUGACAAAAUCGACUAUUUUAUUUAAAACUUUGGCGUCGGCACCAGUCUGUUUGUGUUCAUUGUAAGGUUUGUUUUUUUUACUUUUCACUUUUUUGACCAUUUUAACCUGUACAUACAGUGUGUGAUGUUGAACAAAUAUUUUUUUUUUAUGAAUCCUUUUGAUUAAAGCAUCAGGUCACUUGAA